CUCAAGGUGACGAGGACCGCUCUUAACUUUUUAUGCGAAUAUAUUUGUAUUUUUUUUGUUGUUGUUUUUUGUUAGAUGUAAGGUAUACGAAAAACAAGACAUGAUCACUACUGCGGUAAAUACGCGUGAAUGAAGCCAGUUUGCAGACAUAGUCUUGGCUACCGCUACCUAACAUAACCUCAUGGUUUGAAUUGAAGAUAGUACUGGUGUAACUGUAAAUUAUGUAUUAUUGUAGGUACAUUGUUGGUUUUUCUCAGAGUAGUUGUCUUGUCUGCAAUCUCUUUCAGAUCGCACUGAGAGAGCGGGUGAAAUAAAAAUAAAAGUGCCAUCUGUGGUGGUGCUGCUGCUGAUGUUAUGGUCGUGGUCGGCGGCGCUUGGCUCGUCGUCCGUCUGUUUUGUGUAUCUUCUUCAGCUUAUGGGUUAUACAAAGUUUCUCUGAAGAUUCGUGUGAUUUUGCAAAAUCAAACCCCACCACUGCACAGGUGUAAUUCGAAUUUUCGGUGCAUUUUCGUCGAGUUGAAUAAGAAAACGAAAGUGACAUUUCUCAUCGUUUGGUUUAACCAUAGGAUUUUUUUUCGUUGAUUUGUUUGAGUGUGAGUACUUUAGCUUAUCCCGCAAAUGUGUGGGCUCUUCCUUCCCUCUACUCCGCCCCUCCAGAGGGAGCGCAGAUACUUUGCCGACCGUGUUGAACCGAUAAUAACCUCUGACGUCGUCGUCGUCCGUUGCGAUCCAACGUCGCGCCGCCGCACCGCGCUGUUUCUUCUCGAUGUACCUAUACCAAACUGCCUAUACCUCUCCCGUACAUUGGAUUCUCCGCCGCAACUCCAUCAUGGUGCCAUUCGAAUUCCAUAAUUGUUCAUCUUUCAUUGUUGUGUAUAUGCAUGCGAUUUUGCAGAGGCUUUUGAUUGGUAUAAAUGGGAGAAUCCAUUGAAGCAGAUCGUCAGUAAACAACUCGGCUUAGUGUUAUCAACACAUAAUCUUUUCUAUUCAUCACACUCCUUUAGCCAUAGGAUCGGCCAUCCAGACGCGCAUUUCCAUAAAAAGGAUUAUUAUUAUAAAAUUUUGUUCCUUCAUCAGUUUCUAUAAAACCUUUGAACUUUAAUUUUUCGUUCGUUCCGUUUUGCAAUGAGAGCCUUUAUUUUGAUUUCCUGUUUGGCGUUUGCCUCGGCUAGGCCGGAAGCUGGCUACGCUUAUAAUCGUCCUGGCGGUGGUGGCGGUGGUGGUGGUGGAAGCGGUGGAUUUGGCGGUGGUUCCGGUGGUGGCGGUUUCGGUGGUGGUGGCUUCGGUGGAGGAUCCAGUGGUGGCGGUGGAGGAUUCGGUGGUGGAGGCUUUGGUGGCGGUGGAUCCGGUGGAGGAGGAUUCGGUGGUGGUGGUUCCGGUGGAGGUUUUGGCGGUGGUGGAUCUGGAGGAGGAUUCGGUGGUGGAUUCGGAGGAGGAGCAGGAGGCGGCGGCGGUGGUGGAUUCGGAGGUGGAAGCAUUGGUGGUUUCGGUGGAGGAGGCGGUGGUUCAACCAUUGUCCAGAAACACAUUUAUGUACAUGUUCCACCACCAGAGCAAGAAGAAAACCGUCAACGUCCCAACAUUCCCGUCCAACAAUCACAGAAACACUACAAGAUAAUCUUCAUCAAGGCACCAUCACCCCCAUCGUACCAGGCUCCAGUCAUUCCGGUCCAAGCUCAAAACGAAGAGAAGACCCUUGUGUACGUGUUGGUCAAGAAGCCCGAAGAACAGCCCGAUAUUGUUAUCCCAACUGCUGCACCAACUCAACCCUCAAAACCAGAAGUAUACUUCAUCAAGUACAAGACACAAAAGGACUCAUCCGGACUUGGCAUUGGUGGAGGUAUUGGUGGUGGAUCAGGAAUUGGUGGAGGAUCAGGAAUCGGCAUUGGAGGAGGAUCCGGUGGUGGUGGAUCGACUGGAUUUGGAGGAGGUGAUAUUUCAGGACCAUCGACAUCAUAUGGUCCACCUGGAAAAUCUGGUCCAUACUAAAAACGGAAAUGGUGCUUGGCUACAACUAUAUAGCUAGUCCUAUAUAACUCUUUAACUAUAUACAUCUCUAUAACCCGCUUCUACAAAACCUUCUUCUUCUAUGCUGAACAAAUUUUUUUGUAUAUAAAAUCUUUCCUAUUUGUCUGUGUGUAAAUGUUUUUUUUAUAGUUUUUAAGGGAUGCAGUGACAAAGUUGUGUUA